AUGUCCCAAUAGGCUCGUUGCUUUUCAUUAUCCCUAUAAUUUCUAUACAAUUACAAAAUCGUAUAUUUAUUUAUUUCAUAAUUUGACAGCAUUGCAACAACGCAUUUUUUUUAAUUAAUGAAAUAAGUAGUGGCAACUAAUGAGUAUUCCAUACUGAGAAAAGUUU